UUGUGUAUUUACAUGACUUGACCCUGUAUGAACUAAAAUAUUAAUUUCGUUUUUACAUCAGCGGUUCGACGAUAAAUGAUAAUUUGGUUUUAAUGUCAAGAUAGUCGCGAAACAGCAUCCGUUGAGUUGUCGUUUGUGCCAACAAGAGGAAUUUUUCGUUCGUUUAAACUAAAAGAACUAAAAUCCAGUUGAAUUUCGUUCCACUACGAAAAUAGCAUAAGGGAGAGGAAAACCAGAAACAUUUCAAAGCCAAAAUAAAGUUUGAUAGACUUUAAAGCCAUGUGGAAGUUACUUGAAGUUGUGGCAGUUUUUGGUGUCUUAUUCGUGCCUGCUUUUGCUCGCCAAAAUCCCAAUAAUACAAGGGGUGUUUGCAUUUUGGAAGUACCAACUAUAGAUAUAAUAGCUCCGGAAGAUAGGACAGCCGGACUUCCACGUGGAAAUGGAUCGAGACCAGAUUUAACGAAAAUAGAAAUUUGUUGCUCCGGAUACGAGAAGAUACCGCACACGUUCAUUCAUUGCCAACCGAUUUGUGAGGGAGGCUGCGAAAAUGGAAACUGCACUGCUCCAAAUGUUUGUAAUUGUAAACGUGGAUAUAUUAAGAGUACUGAAGAACCAAACAAAUGCAUACCUACUUGCCCAAUCGGUUGCGUAAAUGGCGUAUGCACUAAUGCAGGAACUUGCGACUGCAACUGGGGUCACAAACAUAGUGCUGACGGAAAAUACUGCAUAGCUGUUUGUACUGGAGGUUGCGGUACGGGAGGACGUUGUACUGGUCCUGAACAAUGUACUUGCAGCCCUGGCUUCGAAAUAAAUAAGGACACUAACAAAUGUGAGUACUAUUGCAAAGGCGGAUGCGGUUAUGGCACUUGUAUCGGACCAAACCAAUGUUCAUGCAAGCCUGGCUAUAAAUUAAAAGAUGAAACUUGCACUCCCGAUUGUCCAAGAGGCUGCGAGUUUGGUAUUUGUUCUGCACCCGACACUUGCACCUGUAAACCUGGAUUCAAUUUGGAUAAAAGUGGAACUAAAUGUACAGCCCAUUGUUCCAGUCCUUGCCUCAAUGCUGAUUGCGUGGCUCCUGAAACGUGCGCCUGCAAAAAGGGCUACACCGAAGCUCCUGGCGGAGGUGGACGUAAAUGCGUUGCCUAUUGUCAAGAUGGAUGUGAAAACGGUGUAUGUUCAGCGCCCAAUUUCUGUAUUUGCAACCCUGGCUACCAAAAAGAAUUUAGGGGAAGCAACAGAUGCGUCAGGAGAGUCAAGCGUUCGAUCUUGUCAGAUAUUCACUUGGAGUUGAUUCCUGAAGAAGUACUUGAAGGUCAUUAAGUUUCCAAUACAUUUGUGUUUUAUUUUCCAAAAUAAAUGUUUUAUCAUGCAG